AAGAUUCUUCAGUUAUAGAAAAUGAUAUAGAUACAAUUAUAAUAAAUGACGAUAGUGAUGACGAAUGCAAUCUUUUAUCUAGUGCUAAUAAUUCAAAAGACCAAAUGGUUAUAUCACGAGAAAGUAGUUUCUUGGACAAAAUGAUUAUAUCACGUGAAAAUAGUUUUAUUAAUGCUAAUGAUAAUGAAAUUAUUGUAUCACAAACGAGAGAAAAAGGAAAAGGACAUUCAAAUCCAGCAAGCUGUUCCUAUACAUUUAUUGAAGAUUCGGACCAAGAAAGCUAUGCACCAAUUGAAGAUUUGGAUCAAGAAAGCUAUGCGCCAAUUGAAGAUUUGGAUCAAGAAAUUUAUAUACCAAUUAAAGAUUCAAAUAAAGAAA